GGGCCCGGCAGGUCUCUCUCCAGCCUCUCGGGCUCCUCCCCUGCUGGCCGGACCGCCGGGUUGUGCUGGACUUAACGCCCCUGGCCUGGCAGCCGCGGUCGGGCUCCGCCCCAGGCGCUGUGCUCCCGCUCGGCGACCGCUGGAGGCGCGGCGAGCUCAGCUCCUGGGCCAGGCGAGUGCCAGGACACUGCCCCCCAGGCUGUGUCCCCAGAGACUCCAAGAGCUGAGGCUCUGUGCUGGCCACCAUCUGGGUGGCUUCCAAGUGUGAGCAUGGUGCAGAAGUACCAGUCUCCUGUCCGUGUCUACAAGUACCCUUUCGAGCUGGUCAUGGCGGCCUACGAGAAGCGCUUCCCCACCUGCCCGCAGAUCCCAGUCUUCCUGGGCAGCGAGGUCCUGGGCGAGUCCCGCAGCGCGGACGGGGCAGUGCACGUGGUGGAGCGCAGCUGCCGGCUGCGCGUGGACGCCCCUCGGCUGCUGAGGAAGAUCGCAGGCGUGGAGCACGUGGUCUUCGUGCAGAAAAACGUCUUGAACUGGAGGGAGAGGACGCUCCUCAUCGAGGCGCACAACGAGACCUUCGCCAGCCGCGUCGUGGUGAAGGAGAACUGCAGCUACUCGGUCCACCCCGAGAAUGAAGACUGGACUUGCUUCGAGCAGUCGGCCUCGCUGGACAUCCGGUCCUUCUUUGGCUUUGAAAACACCUUGGAGAAGAUCGCUAUGAAGCAGUACACGGCCAACGUCAAGAGGGGGAAGGAGGUGAUCGAGCACUACCUGAACGAGCUCAUCUCCCAGGGCACCUCUCACAUCCCCCGCUGGACGCCCGCCCCGGUCCGGGAGGAGGACGCCCGCAGCCAGCCCGGAUCCCAGCAGGCGGAGGGGACCCUCAGGGCCCUGGGCCCAGCCGCGGAGGCGGUGGGAACUGACGGGGACAAGCUGGACGCAGACUACAUCCAGAGGUGCCUGGGCCAGCUCACGCCCAUGCAGGAGAGCUGCCUGAUCCAGCUGCGGCACUGGUUGCAGGAGACCCACAGAGGCAAGAUUCCCAAAGAUGAACACAUCCUGCGCUUCCUGCGCGCCCGCGACUUCCACCUGGACAAGGCCCGGGAGAUGCUGUGCCAGUCCUUGAGCUGGCGGAAGCAGCACCAGGUGGACGUGCUCCUGCAGACCUGGCGGCCCCCCGCCCUGCUGGAGGAGUUCUACGCGGGAGGCUGGCACUACCAGGACAUAGAUGGACGUCCCCUGUACAUCCUCCGCCUGGGCCAGAUGGACACCAAGGGCUUGAUGAAGGCGGUGGGGGAGGAGGCGCUGCUGCAGCACGUCCUUUCUGUCAACGAGGAAGGACAGAAGAGGUGUGAGGGGAACACCAAGCAGUUUGGCCGUCCCAUCAGCUCCUGGACCUGCCUGCUGGACCUGGAGGGUCUCAACAUGCGGCACCUCUGGCGGCCAGGGGUGAAGGCCCUGCUGCGCAUGAUCGAGGUCGUCGAAGAUAACUACCCUGAGACCCUGGGCCGGCUGCUCAUCGUGCGAGCCCCCCGAGUCUUUCCCGUGCUCUGGACGCUGGUCAGCCCCUUCAUCAACGAGAACACCAGGCAGAAGUUCCUCAUCUACAGCGGCAGCAACUACCAGGGCCCGGGGGGCCUGGUGGACUACCUGGACAAGGAAGUGAUCCCCGACUUCCUGGGGGGAGAGAGUGUGUGUAGUGUCCCCGAAGGAGGACUGGUCCCCAAGUCCCUCUAUCUGACGGAGGAGGAGCAGGAGCAGGCCGACCAGCUGCGGCUGUGGAGCGAGACCUACCACUCGGCCAGCGUGCUCCGUGGGGCGCCCCACGAGGUCGCGCUGGAGAUCCUGGAAGGGGAGUCGGUCAUAACCUGGGACUUCGACAUCCUGCGAGGGGACGUGGUCUUUAGCUUGUACCACACCAAGCAGGCGCUCAAGCCGGGCCCGCGGGAGCCUGGGGCCAAGGCCAGCGGGCAGCUGAUGGACAAAGGCUGGGUCCUGGGCACGGAUUACAGCCGCGUGGAGGCUCCGCUGGUCUGCCGGGAGGGGGAGAGCAUCCAGGGCUCCCAUGUGACCAGGUGGCCUGGGGUCUACCUGCUCCAGUGGCAAGUGCACAGCCCCCCUGGCAGCAUGGCCUGCAGCCUCCCGGGCGAUGUCCUGACCGCUCUGCACAGCCCGGGCCCCAAGUGCAAGCUCCUCUACUACUGCGAGGUGCUAGCCUCCGAGGACUUCAGGGGCUCCAUGUCCAGCCUGGAAUCCUGCACCAGUGGCUUCUCCCAGCUCAGUGCCGCCACCUCCUCCUCCUCCUCCGGCCAGUCCCAGGGCAGCUCCUUGGUCUCCAGAUAGCCAGGCGUGGACCCUCAGGGCAGCCCGCUGGCCUCGGCCACCCGGAAGAGUGCAGAAUGAGAAGCAGCUUGCCAAGGCCUGGGACCACGUGGGCUGGAGCGUCUGGUCCCAAAAGUUGGGGUGUCUGGACGGGAUGGCGAGGACCUCGUCCUUGGCCAGUGUGGCCCGCAUGCAGCUCAGGGCUCUUGUGGUGGCAAGGACAGAACUCCCCUCUGGACACAAAAGGCCUGUCCAUCUCAGCGCAGUGGGUCUCGCAGGAUCUGGGACUCAGCCAUGGCCCCAGGCUCAGCCCCUCACCACCACUUGCUUGCUUGCCCCGCGGGCUUCCUUCUGAGGAGGGCCACCCCCUGCAGGGUCUCCGUCACUGCUAGGCACACUGUCCCUUCCCCCAGAAGGGACCCGCUCACUCCCAGAAGUUCCAGUCCACCUCCCAGGACUGCCUCUCACCGCCCAGCUGGGGACCCGCACCCAUUCCUGAACCCGUGAUAGUUACUGCGGGUUUGAGAAGGCUGGUCCUGGGUCAUGUGCCCAACCUAGACCAAUCACUGUGACUUAGCUGGGGUGCGGCGCAUUGAUUGGCCAGCCUGGAUCACAUGCACAGUGCGGGAGCCAAUCACACGGUCUGAAAAGGCAAGUGCUUCAAGGAAUACUGGCCCGUCCCCCAAGAAUGGGAAGACGCUGGGCAUCGGGAAGGGACGGUCCCCUUAGUGUCUGAGGGACAGCAGCACUCUGAGUCCCCACUGGGCUCUGGAGCGGUAUCCAGGGUUCGCCAUAACCAUAUCCAGGUUUGCUGGGGGCCUAACCCUGACCACCAGUGCCUUGAAGAGGGUGAGGAAGCCCAGGGCUUCUGCCAAGUUUCAGGAAGUGAUGGGGUGACACACUGUGGAGGCCCCUUUCUGUCCUGGGGAGCUGUUUGAUUAUGACCUUUUUUAAUUGUAAGUCAGAGAAACCCACUGCUCAGUGACUUAAACACAAAAGGGUGACCAUUCAUGGAUUCAAAGUACCUGUCCAGUCCAGGUCUAACUUCAGGUAAGGCUGGAUCCAGGGUCUCCACAUGGCAUUUGGACUCCCCUUGGUAGGGAGGCUAUUGUCUGCCCUGGGGCAGAUCUGACUCAGGAACCAGCUCCAAAAUUGACAUGGCUUUCCCCAGUUACUGCAUUGGGACUCCUUGGGACCUGAGGACAUUUUUCCUUUCGUUUCCUGGGUCCCCAAAAGGCAACAGGUCACGGGCGUCUGAGUGCUAGGCAAGUGCUCUACCUCUGAGCUACAACCCCACUCCCAGCAAGGGCGAGCGUCUCAGAUUCUUGGUUGUCCCUCUGAACCCAGCUAAAACUGGCUUAAGCAACAAGGGGAAUUCCCUGGGUCUCCUGUUUGGGAAUUGGCUCCAGGAAUGGCUGGAUGCGGGAGCCCCAGGCCUCUCGACUGCACCCAGGCCUCCUGACCCUGACCUCUUUGCACCCUGGCUGCCUCCUUUCUUCCACCUGGUGAGGAAGGGGCUGCCAGAGCCCAGACCUGUUAACGGCUCCCGACCCCGAGGGAGAUGCCGUCCCAUCUCAGCUCUCGUGGAAGAGUCUGGCUGUCCCUGCUCAAGUGGCAGGUUCACUUCUUGGCCAUGCUGGCCAAGACACAGGGGGUCCUGUGACUGGCAUUCCCUCUAGACGCAACGGGGCUGCGUGGCACCAUCCUUCCCUGCACCAGCCGACGUCCAUGGUGGUGUCCUGCGUAGAAGUCUCUGGAACCUGCGCUGAAGCCUCUGCAGCAGGCUGCUCCUGCCUUGGGGAGGCCUGUAAUUAAAAGUAGCCCAAGGAAGGGACUGUCCAGCUUCUGGCUUUUAAACUUCCCCAGGCCCGCCAGGGCUGGACUUGGCUUAGGCUUCUUGCUCCUCCUUGCUCAUCAGCCCCUUGCCAUCAGGACAGAAGUGACCUGUAGCAACGUGGCCAUUAGACCAGGGUGCAAAGCCCAGCCUUCCUUUCAUAGCUGUGUAACCUCAAGCAGGUGACUUAACCUCUCUGUGCCUCAGUGUCCUCAUCUGUUAAAUGGGGACAGCAGUGCCUACCUCAUGGGGUUGUAGUGGGACAAAAGUGGUCACAAAGUCCCCAGCACGGCGUCUGGAACACAGAAAACACUCAAUAAAUGUGUGCGGUAGUUCUGA